AUGAGCUAUGACAGCACCCAAGGAGAUACGACGCCAUUUGCUAGCAACAGGAGGCGUCAACAGGAUAGUUAUCGGCACCCGAGAGGGCCUCCGCCGUUUCCACCGGGCAUACUGGCGACGCCUUUGCCUAUAAUUAACCCAUUCGGGCCUCCAGCGCCGCAAAAGUUAGAGUCUGACAAUCGGAACCCGGCUGCGUUGGAGCCAACAACGCGCUCUCGCUUUGAGGCGCAGCAGCUUGUUAUUGCAUACAUCGGUGGGAUUAGUAGCAUCGUUGAUGACGAGUGGGUGGAGAAAGUUCUGCGGGCGUGCGGGCGUGUCAAGAGCUGGAGGCGCGCGCGCGACGCCGAUGAGCAGCCGCUAUCUUUUGGGUUCUGUGAGUUUGAAAGCAUGAAAGAUGCCGCAUGCGCCCUGCGCGUUCUAUCCAGUGACGGUGGACUCAAGAAGGGAGGCUGGGUGCUUCCUAGUGCGACCGUGGCUGGCAAGCCUGAGUUGCUGUCGAUCAAGAUUGACAACCGAAUGCUUGUGGACCUGAGAUCACACGCCGCCCUGACUGAUGGCCAGGAGCAGCGACGAAAGAAAACGAAUCUGCUGCAAUGCAACUACGAACUUGAGGCGGGCAGCGAAGGGGGGUCGGCAGAUACGCUGCUUACACACCCGCGUAUGGGGGUUGGGUCGGCUGACGAGGCUCAUUCAACGCUCAAGCCUAGAAAAACUAGCGAGCCUGAGUCUAGUGCAAAUUUCAGUAGUGGCAGCGGAAGUGUUGGCGAAGCAACCGCGUCUGACAACCAGCAGCCAUUUUUGCUGGAGCUUGAGGAGGCGUGGGAGAGAGAGCAGGUUAGACAGCAUCGCGACCAGCGCUACAUUGUGGCUGCCACAGAGCGUGAGCACAAGUUGGGUGGCGAGCAAGUGGACCGCGAGGGCCGGAUAGAGCGCAAUGCUUUGCGCGAGCUGGACCGCAUUGAUGAUAGGCAGCGCGCUAGGGACGCAAUGUCGGCGCUGCUGCCAAAGUGGGAUGACAGUUACGAGGAGAGUAUGCGCGACCACGACUACUAUAGGGACCAUGAGAGAUGGUGGCAUCAUCGCAAGACGGUGCGUACAAAGGAGCUUAGCUUUGACGAAGAUGAUCGGCGUAGACAGGAAAAGGAACAGCAAGAUCGGGAGCAGGAGCAGGACAAGCCUAGAAAGUAUCGUCGUACAUCUGAGGAAGAAAAUGUUUGCUUGCAAAGCCUCGAAGCAGCAAGUACUAGCCCAGACAUUGACAUGCCUACUUUAAAUUUGGCCAAUGAUAAUGUGUUGCAGACCAGUGUUCAAUCGUCAGAGGCACCCGAGACUCUGCUGCACGGCGUCCCUAUGAGCCGAAAUGUAUUGUUUGAGUGGCCAGUCAAAUGGGAGCUUGUGGACGAUACAUUGAUACAAGUCACAAUAGCGCCUGCCGUUCGGAAGCAGCUUUCAAAUUAUCUUGGUGCCGAGACAGAUGACGGGUCUGUCGACGAGUUGGCAGACUUUGUGAUCGCCCAUAUCGCCGAGCACAAACCCCCGGCCAGUCUUGCCGAGGAGCUAGAGAUGGUCCUUGUCGAUGACUCUGCUGUAUUUGUCACUCAGUUGUGGCGCCUUCUGGUAUCCGAGACUGAAUCUCGCACAUAAACGGCAGAAUACUGUACGGUGUCAGUCUUUAUCUUGGUACAUUCUACAAUACUUGUAAUCUGUAGAUUGAUUUUCAUUUUUGUGUUUUGGAAAUUGAAUACUUUUCGAUAGAGAUGAACCUAA